AUGGGAGAAACUGGGGACGUAGUUGCUGACAGCCUGUAUAUUUACAAGCCUGAUAAAGUAGCACCUGUCGUUUUUGCGGUUCUAUUUGCUUUUUCAUCCGUUGGCCAUGCUUGGAAAUUGAAUGGACUUCACGCGUUUGUCGCCGUUCUUUUUACCGUUGGAUACGCCGUGAGGGAAGCGGGAGCCUUCUAUUAUAUCUACAACAAGCACGACGAGCGGAGUUUGAUUUUCUAUAUCACGAACCAGGUUCUCAUAUACAUUGGCCCGUGGGUUACUCUCGCCUCUCUUCCACAAAACGACGUCAGCCCACUGAGCGAACUCGGCAAUUAUCACAUUCUAGGCCGUAUAUUCAAUUACAUCCCGUGGCUGUCACCGUUUGCCCCCGAGAAAGUCUUCACCAUCUUUGGAUCCCUGAUGGGACUUGUCGAGGCUUUGAAUGGCCUGGGUGUUGCCUUCACCAGCAAUCCAACUGGAAACAAACAAGAAAUUGGCAAAAUCUUAGUUCUGGCUUCACUCGGAGUUCAACUAUGCGUGAUAAUUUCUUUCUUCGUCCUCGCCACACUGCUUUACGUACGCUACCGCAAGGCCAACAUCCCCAACAAGGCCAUCCCGACAGUGCUCAACACACUUUACAUUAGCAUGACUUUGAUUUUGAUCCGAAGCAUAUACCGUGUGGUUGAACACGCAGGUAACACAUCGAUGGACCUUGGAAACGAGCAUGAGCUUCAGUCGCUCAGUCCUAUCAUGCGAUAUGAGUGGUAUUUUUACGUCUUCGAGGCAACGACAAUGCUGCUUAACUCGAUACUAUGGAAUGUGUUCCACCCGGGCCGCUUUCUCCCAACGGACAAAUCUUUCCUAUCAGAAGAUGGUGUUACCGAGAUGAUUUUUCCCAAGGACUUGACCCAUCAAAGAUUGAGCUUGACUCAACUAGGUCGUUUGAUUAUGCAAAUUCUCACAUUCGGGCUAUGGAGUCAGAUUUUCCCCAACCGUCCACCGAAUCCCCCAGGAGCCCUCGAUGGGGCAUCAUUUCAGUCCAAUGCUUGA